AUGUGCGAGAUCAACGGCAAGAUCGACCCCGUCCAGGAGUCCUGGGAUGUUCAGGACCACGGCUGCUGCGAGGGGCCGGACGGGCGGCAGUGCCAGUACAUCAUGGACAACCGCAGAAGCCUCCCGGUGCCGCAGGGGGCGUUCUACGCGCUGCCGGACCUGUCGGCGUUCUUCGGGCCCGGGUGCACGGCGGACGGCUUCGGCGCCGUCCCGGACUGCGACGCGCUGUGCCGGUACAUUCUGCAGGACAGCCUCCUGGCGCUGGUGCCCGGGGACGCGUUCGGGUCCAACAGCACGGUGCGCAUCUCGUACGCGGCGUCGCUGGGCAUGAUCGAGAAGGCCAUGGACCGCCUCGAGGCCGCGCUCGCCAAGAUCCAGCGACCACAGUAG